AUGGAGGGAUUUCUUAAGAUCAAGCAAGCCCUUGUGAGUGCACCAAUAGUCCAGGCACCUGAUUGGACACUGCCCUUUGAAGUGAUGACAGAUGCUUCAGAUUAUGCAGUGGGAGCAGUUUUAGGCCAAAAGAAAGACAAGAAGUUGCAUGUGAUCUACUAUGCAAGCAGGACCUUGGACUCAUCACAAGAGAAAUAUGCAACAACAGAAAAAGAGAUGCUGGCUAUAGUCUUUGCAUUUGAAAAAUUCAGAAGCUACCUUGUGGGUUCAAAAGUUGUUGUGUACACUGAUCAUGCAGCCCUCAGUUAUCUCAUUACAAAGAAGGAUGCCAAGCCUAGACUCUUGAGUCAGGUUUCUGGUGGCCAAGUAUGUUUAAAGAUGCUCAUGAGGCCUUUUGUGAGUUCAUAUGGGAAUCAUUACAUCCUUGUAUCAGUUUAUUAUAUUUCAAAAUGGGUUGAGGCUGUUGCUUCCUCAACCAAUGACUCUAAGGUGGUGGUCAAGCUUUUCAAAAGUAUCAUCUUUCCAAGGUUUGGGGUUCCUAGAGUAGUGAUAAGUGAUGGAGGUUCUCAUUUUGUGAACAAGACUCUAGAGGGGCUGCUAAGGAAGCAUGGUGUCAAACACAAGAUAGCAAGUCCAUACCAUCCCCAAACAAGUGGGCAAGUAGAGGUUUCUAAUAUAAAGAUCAAGACCAUCUCGGAAAGAACAGUUAGCAAUUCAAAAAAGGAUUGGAGCAAGAAGUUAGAUGAUGCUCUUUGGGCCUAUAGGACUGCUUACAAGACUCCCACUGGAACCUCACCUUUCAAUCUGUUAUAUGGGAAGUGCUGCCAUCUACCAGUAGAGCUUGAGUACAAAGCUCUUUAG